AUGGCCCAAAUGUGCUCAAAAUAUUCCUGCAAGCGUGCAACGAGACGCUGGCCCCUGGCGAUGUUUUAUAAUUUAGUUGACAUCGCUGCCCUCGCCACCUAUAUCAUAUAUGCCGAAAAUCAGUCAAAUAUUAUGCCAUCUAAUUUGACGCGCCGUCGAUUUCUGGUUCAAUUAUCUUUGGAUCUAUGCCACAACAACAUCCUGCGACGCUCCCAAAAUCAGCACGUCAUUGGCAAGCCGAAUCUUAGGUCAGCAAUUUGCGACAUGCUUGGCUAUGAACUGCCUCUCACCGCACAAUAUGAGCCUGAGAUAUCCCAGUUGAAUGAAAGUAGUCGCACUAAAAUUCAAGGCAAAUGUCACAUAUGCGCUUCGCAGGAUAAACGUCAGCGCAAUUCUCGUAAGCGGUGCACAAAGUGCGAAAAACCAGUUUGUAACCAACAUACUAAGAGGGGAGAAACUUGCCAGGCUUGCUAA